GUUCAGUUACCGGCACCACUACCAAGAUUCAUGAACGAAACACUGCAGGUCGACGAAGCUACUCCUCUGCUAUCAGUGUCACCUGGCCUCACGGAGCGUCCUGCUGUACUUCCUGUGGUUUUCAUCUGAUGCAGAACGGAUUGCAUUUUUGUUGCUCGUCCAACUACAUUAUAAUGAAUCACAGUACAAUGUCUUGAAUGACUCUUCAGAUAUCUGGGGAAAAUGGCAACAUGCCAGAGUCGCCUCGGCUGUCGCUGAGGACACUGGUCAACGUGCUUGUGAGAUGUUGAACCAAUUCCUCCUGAAUCACAGUAGCUCUUCUACCAUCCAAACUAUAUUUUGGACAACCUUCCCGCUGGAAGAUACGGGGCCUACAACUACAAGAGUAAUUGAUAUGUUGACGGAGGACCACACUCCUCCGGAGCUUCUCACACACCCCAUCGUAGAAGCCGUAGUCAUCAAGUGUUGGAAGUAUGGGAUGAAAGCCGGAUCCGCGCAGGAUCACGGCUUAAGCUUAAUAGGACACUUUGACGCUCUUUCGACACCCAGAGUUCUGCAUUUCAUUGACGUUUUGGGCCGACUGGUCUUUAUGGGUUCACUUAUUCACUACUUGCUAUAUCCACCACACUUCCACAUAACCCUGGGACAAAAUGAGCAAGGCACUCGAGAGAUGAUUCUCACUUUCAUGUCUGCUGCAUCCAUCGCUCGACGGUGGUCAAUACAUACUCUACCAGCUAUGCUUGUAUUCCCCGCAUUCGUCAUGACUCUUCCAUCCGUCCCUAUACCUGGAAAUGUCUCAUUCUCUGUGCUUCACAUUGCCCUCCUACUCCAGGUGGUUCUUCUUCACCUCCCCGACUCUCCCAGCUUACCCGCCGCAAUGAAACCCGAGAGCGCCAUACCCCUCUCUACGUUGCUUUCGCAUGGAGCAACUCGCAUCGUCAUACCGGUCACCCUCUUUUUCUUUCCGGUCCUAUUACUCGCGACAUUUCUCGUAUCCGCCUCGCUCGUUGACAAUCCCCUGUUAGUGUUAACAAAUUCUCUGGAAGUAACUCCGAUGGAUAGCCGAUUGUCAUUCUUCAUCCUCUUCAUUACUGUCAUUAUGUUACUACUGGGUGGACUCGGCGUGGCCUUGGCGAUGUUCCCAACCUUGGCAUCAUCAACAACCUCAACAAGUAGAUGGGAUCGCUACUCACGAGAAAUCGGGUUGCACGCACGAAGGUCAUUUGUGGCAGCUCUUGUCCAGUAUGAACCUUAUUACUUUCCGGUUCCAUUCAACUUGCUCCAACUUGUUGUGCGAGUGCCUUGCAUGAUCUUCUCUGGGUUGGGGCAUCCAGUGACACCGUACAUAAAGUCAAUCGAGAGGGUGCUAUGGAGAGUCAUUGUAGGAUCAAUUGGAGCUGUUAUUUCUGGUUUCUGGCUUUGUGGCCUAGCGUGAUUGCACUCGUGUGUCGGGUAUUAUUAGAUCCUGGUAUUUGGAUUGUACUUCCACAGACAGACACUGGCGCUACUUAGGUACAUAGACUAGUGUAGUCUAUACUAUUUAUGGGACAAUUACUCAAAUCGGAAGUAACGCGGCUCAGAC